AUGAAUUACCUGCUUUGGAACUGCCGGGGUCUGGGGUCGGACCCGGUAGUUCGGGCCCUCCGUGGGCUGAUCAGGAAACAUAGACCCUCUAUGAUCUUUUUAUCUGAGACGAAAAUGAGAGAUCAUAGGAUUGACGGUAUUCGUAGGCGUUUGGGAUACUCAUUUGGCUUCCAUGUUUCGCCGAUUGGGCGGGCUGGGGGUUUAAGUUUAUGGUGGAUUGAGUCGAUGAAUGUUAACAUUCUCUUUUCUUCUGCUCACAUUAUUGAUGUGUGUUUCUGUUUGGAGGAUAGUCUCUCUUGGGUGCGCUGUACUUUUGUUUAUGGUACUCCGUACAGACGAGAGAAGCUGGAUUUCUGGAAUUGGAUGUCUAACUAUUUUGGUCCGACGGAUAUUCCCUGGCUUUGUGGUGGGGACUUCAAUGAGUUUGUGUGGGACCAUGAGAAAUCGGGGGGAGCCAGUGUCCUGUAUAAUAGACCGGGGUAUUUGCAUAACUUUCUGAAUGCAGCUGCUUUGGUGGAUCUGGGGUUCAAUGGGCCGAAGUUCACAUGGCGUGGUAGGCGGUAUGGUAAUCUUGUAGAGGAAAGGCUUGAUAGGGCGGCUGCUAACGUUCUUUGGCAAAAUCUUUGGCCCCAUACUUUUGUUCUUCACGAGACGGCGCUUUGCUCGGAUCAUUGCCCAAUCGUGGUCCUAUCCCAGCCCGCUACUCGUAGGGGUAAACGGCUAUUCCGUUUUGAGGCGUUCUGGGCUAAGGAAGAGGAUUGUAGGGCUCUGGUGGCUAAUCGGAAUAAGUUCAACCGGCGUGGCUUGGAGAUUGAGGAGUUGGUGCAGCAACUGGAUUCGCUUCAGCAUCAUUGGGAGGAUAAUGCGGAAGAGAUACAUGUUGUGUCUAAUCGCAUUGAUCAGUUGCGGGAGCAGAAAGAACUUUACUGGAUGCAACGGUCUAGAGUUAACUGGUUACGGGAGGGCGAUGCUAAUACUGCUUUUUUCCAUCGUACGACUCUCCAACGGAGACGGGUUAAUUCCAUUGUUAAGUUGAAGGAUGUGGAUGGCUCUUGGGUGGAUGAUAGUCGGAGGGUUCCCGUUUUAGUGGAUGAGCAUUUAAAAUCCCUUUAUACUUCUGUGGGUUGUCGGGAUUGGGGUGAUAUUCUCAACUGUCUGGAACCUCUGGUUUCUGAGUUAAUGAAUAAUGAUCUCAUCAAGCCUGUUUCUGAGGAGGAGAUUAAGGUUGCUGUUCAUCAGAUGGGGGGUUUGAAGGCUCCGGGACCGGACGGGUUCCAAGGUAUUUUUUAUCACUCUUUUUGGGACAUUAUUGUUGCUGAGGUGAAUGGUUUGGUGAUGGAUUUCAUGCAGGGGGAGGGUAACACUCGAAGCCUUAACUCUACUUACAUUGUCUUGAUUCCUAAGGUCCCUCAUCCUGAAUCGGUGUCCCAAUAUCGUCCUAUCAGUCUUUGCAACUUCUCGUUUAAGAUUCUUUCAAAGUUGAGGAAAUCUCAGCAAAAGUUUGAGAUGUGUGUUAAAUUAGAUAUGCAGAAAGCGAAUGAGCGGGUCGAAUGGGACUUCCUGGAAGCGGUUUUGCUGAAGCUUGGCUUUUGUCGUGGUUGGACUAACCUGGUCAUGAACUGUGUUCGCACUGUGCAGUUCGCAAUUUUACUGAAUGGUCAGCCUGGAAAUUGGUUUUCUCCCUCUCGUGGGCUCCGUCAAGGUGACCCUCUCUCUCUGUACUUGUUUCUUAUGGUUAGUGAUGUUCUUUCUCGUUCAAUUCAGAGGGGAGUGGAAGAUGGGCGGCUCGGCGGUAUCCUCAUGCAUCCCCGUGGGCCUUGUAUCUCGCACUUGUUUUUCGCUGAUGAUACUUUAAUUUGCCUCCAGGUGAAUCUGAGAAAUGGUGAAAACAUUAUGCAUAUCCUCAACAAGUACUGUUUGGCCUCGGGUCAGAUGAUGAAUUCUCAUAAGUCUAGUGUGUACUUCGGUCGUAACACUCCUGACCAGGUGAGGUCGCAGCUUGGCUCCUUAUUGGGUAUGCCGGUGGUGUCCGACCCGGGGGUGUAUCUCGGGCUGCCUGCUAUUUGGGGAAGAUCUAAACGAAGUAGUCUUGCUUUUGUGAAAGGGAGAGUGAUGGGUAAGAUCCAGGGCUGGAAGCAAUCUGCUCUAUCUUUUGCGGGGAAAGAAGUUUUAUUGAAAACUGUUGUCCAAGCUAUUCCUACCUACCCUAUGAAUCUGUUUAAAUUCCCGGCUGCUGUUUGCAAAGACCUUGACUCUAUGUCGGCGGGCUUUUUGUGGGGUGACUGUGGUGGGCAAAAGAGGAUUCAUUGGGUGAAUUGGGAUACUCUGGGUCGGCCUAAAAGUGAAGGGGGCUUGGGCUUUCGGAAUUUCCAGGACUUCAAUGAUGCGUUGUUAGUUAAACAAUGCUGGCGCUUGAUGCUUAAUCCAAAUUCUUUAUGGGCUCAGACGUUGAAAGCUAGAUACUUCCCUCACUCUUCCUUCUUGGAUGCAAAGUUAGGAGGUCGUGCCUCUUGGGCGUGGGCUAGCCUUCUUGUGGGUAGAGACAUUCUGAAAAAAGGAGCACACUGGCAGAUUCUGAAUGGUAAGGAUACUCGGCUUUGGGUUGAUCGUUGGCUUCCCUCUCUUCCUCUUGGGCAUCCUAAUCCCGAUCCUCCCACUUCUGUUACUCUUACUUCUAAGGUCUCCUCCCUUAUUUGCCCGAGGUCCAAGUCUUGGGACAUUGAUUUUUUACAACCGUUGAAAUCAACGCCAUUCUUGAUAUUCCUUUGGGGCAUUGUUCUAGUCGGGAUAGAUUGGUCUGGACGGCGAGUAGAACUGGUAUCUAUUCGGUCCGGGAGGGUUAUCACUGGAUCCAUUCUUCACGGGGGCAGCUGGGGGUUCCUGAUUCUGGUGUCCCAAGAGGAGUCUGUGCUGCAUUUGCUGUUGAGGUGUCCCUGGGUUGAACCUAUCUGGUUUGGUGGUCCGCUUGGGCUUCGAAGGGUUGGUGAAGGUGAUCCCUCUUUCCAUUACUGGCUCAAUGCUCUGAUCAAUAAGACUACUAAUCUCCAGGAAAGAUCGCGAAUUCUCUCAAUCAUUGCUUUCUCUUGCUGGCACAUCUGGAAGGCUCCCUUGUCCCGUUCCCGCCCCUCCCCCAUUCCGGCUCCUAGAUGGUCCCCCCCUUCUGCUCCCUAUAUAAAAGUUAAUGUUGAUGCUAGCUGGUGUCAGAUGGAUGGUAUGGCACGGUUGGCUGCGAUCCUGAGGGAUCAUAAUGGGCUGUUUGUGGCGGCCCACAAGUGGUCUCUUGGUGCUCCGUCCGUGGUGUUCGCUGAAGCUUUGGCGAUGCUGAAGGGCUGUGAGUUAGCGGCGGAGUUGGGCUGUAGAUGGAUUGUAGCUGAAUCGGACUCGCUUGAGGUGGUCUCGUCUUUGCAGGGUGAUAUUGCUCGGGGCAGCUGGGAAGUGUUCCCCAUCCUGGAUUCUAUUUUGAGGUUGCGGAAUUCUUUCCAGGGCUGUCGCUGGUCUUGGGUCCCAAGACUGGCCAAUCGGUCGGCGGACUUUCUGGCGUCGAGGUCUAAUGUGGAGAUGAGCGGUAUUACUUGGGUCAGGAGACCCCCAUCUUCCAUGGUGCACAUUCUUAACAAAGAUGGUCUAUUUUGCCCUCCGUGA